AUGCCUGGCCGUAUAAAGAAAACACAAGACUCGUCGCAAGACGCCAACAUGGAUGAUGUUCCGCCUUCCGCACAGGCGGCUACCGUUGAAGAUGCCGAAAUGGGAGACGCCCUAGAGGGAGAGGAGGAGGUGGAGGAGGAGGAGGAGAUUGAACCACAACGAGUCAAGAUUCUGCCCGGUUCUACAGAUACAGCUGCCUCGUUUGAGUUUACGGACGAGGGACAUACCCUCGGGAACGCGUUGCGGUAUAUCAUCAUGAAAAAUCCUGAUGUUGAGUUUUGCGCUUAUGCUAUUCCUCACCCGUCUGAGCCAAAGAUGAACAUUAGGAUUCAGACCUACUCGGGCACGGCCGUAGAUGCUUUGAAGAAAGGCUUGGCGGACCUGCAGGAUGUGUGUGAUGUGGUUUCCGAUGAGUUCUGGACCAAGAGACAAGCAUUCAAUGCGGAGAAUGGCAUUGAGCGUUGA